UGAUCUGUAGAGUAGAAAAAGACAAAAAUUCUGCAAAGUUCGGAUUGACCAAUCACCGAGUCUUCCGCCAGGCAACUUCGAAUUUCCAAAAUAAAUCUUUGUCCAUUUGUUAGAAAUUUCUUUCUGGUUCUCACGCGAUUGGCCCAUGACAUUUCAACGAUGUUCCAGUAGAAAGUGGAGCCCAACAUUUCUCUUUCUCCCUCUGCAGUUUUGAAUCGUCUCUUUGCCAGAGGAGAUCGAGCAUUUGUCUUGUGGAACCUGAGAGUUUCUGUUUAAUCGAGCAGAAGGCAAAGAGAUUGGAAGAGAAUGCCGAAUUGGGAGUUGAGGAACUGCUGUCAACGUGAUCAGGUUGCGUUCUUAGUUAUGAUUGGGGUGUUCACCGUCGUCAUCCUCGCGCUAUGGAGGACAUUUAUAAUCACUCCUUUCAAGCUCAUUACUGUUUUCCUGCACGAAGCAAGCCAUGCAAUAGCUUGCAAGCUUACCUGUGGUGAUGUGGAAGGAAUCCAGGUUCAUGCAAAUGAGGGAGGGGUCACUCAAACACGUGGUGGUGCAUAUUGGUUGAUUUUGCCUGCAGGAUAUCUUGGAUCAUCAUUUUGGGGAAUGGCUAUGAUUCUCGCAUCAACUAAUCUUCUCACUGCAAGAAUUGCAGCUGGCUGUUUGGGUUUGGCUCUUCUAAUUGUACUCUUCAUUGCAAAAAAUUGGACGCUUAGAGGACUCUGUGUUGGAUUUAUUAUUUUCCUUGCGGUUAUUUGGGUCCUGCAGGAAACAACUACAGUUCGCAUACUUCGUUAUGUCAUUCUUUUCAUUGGUGUGAUGAACAGUUUGUUCUCGGUUUACGAUAUAUAUGAUGACUUGAUUUCACGAAGAGUCAACUCGAGCGAUGCUGAGAAGUUCGCAGAACUGUGUCCAUGCCCUUGUAAUGGAAUUGGAUGGGGCGUCAUUUGGGGAAUGAUAUCAUUUAUCUUCUUAUGUGCAUCUAUCUAUCUCGGUCUCGUCAUCCUAUCUUAAGGUUCAAAAUGUGUAUUGAUUCGUGGUUGAAAAUUUAGAUUGCUCACGCGUUCUUAUUGGCUGGCUUGGCGUAUGAGCAAGAAUUUACACUUCUCCCUUUUGCGUACUUUGGAGAAGGCCCUUUUGUUCUAACCAUGCUGACUUCCGGCCUUGAUUUUUACAUAUUUUCUGUACAAAAUUGAACUAUCAUAUUCUUUAUUCCAUUUGAGAUAUAUAUAUUCAAAAUUUUAAUUACUGCAUGCA